AUGGAAGAGAUGAAAUUAAUAAAUGGUGCGCGCUUAAAGGAACGUUCACUGGCUAUGGCAUCAGCAUGUUUAACAGAAAAUUCGAACAAUGAUAUGGCUGAUUGCAAAAGAAGUUAUCAUGGUAAUGCUUUCAGAAAAAAUCAGGAUCGUUUACGAAACGAAUUAGUAGCAAAUGCUAGGCGCAAUACGAUAUUACUCGUUAGUAUGGUUGUAUUAUUUGCCGUAUCAUGGCUUCCUCAUAAUAUUGUUUCAUUAUUAAUGGAAUUUGACGAAAGUUUAUUUGAACGUAGCGAUGGUGUCAACAGUAUUUAUCUCAUCAAUUUAUUUACCCAUUGGGUAGCGAUGGCAAAUAAUGUUUGGAAUCCAAUUUUGUAUGCACUUCUAAAUCCAUUAUUCAUUGAAUUAAUGGCAAAGACAUUGUAUAGGUUGCGAACGAUAAUAUGUUGUUGUUUUUAUCGUGAGGCCAAUACCAUACGAGAAGAAUCGCUUGAAGUUGAAUGA